AUGACUGACAACUUAGACAGGCUCCUUUUAGAUCGUCAAUAUUUGGCGAAAAGUUUAACUUUUUAAAAAUCCAUCAUCAUCGGCUUUUAGAGGCCGUUUUUUCAAUAAAACUUUACUAAAAAGAGUAAAUCAUGCCUCCAAAAUUCGAUCCCAAUGAAGUUAAAUUUGUUUAUUUGAGAUGUGUAGGAGGAGAAGUAGGUGCCACUUCAUCCCUGGCUCCUAAAAUUGGUCCACUAGGUUUGUCACCUAAAAAAGUAGGAGAUGACAUCGCCAAAGGCACAGCCGACUGGAAAGGUCUUAAAAUCACUGUUCAGCUGAAAAUCCAGAACAGACAGGCCACUAUUUCAGUUGUACCUUCUGCAGCCUCCCUUAUUAUUAAAGCUUUGAAGGAGCCUCCAAGGGACAGAAAGAAGCAAAAAAACAUUAAGCACAGUGGAAAUAUUUCUUUUGAUGAUGUUAUUGCCAUUGCAAGGCAAAUGAGACCCAGGUCCAUGGCUAAAAGCUUGUCUGGAACUGUCAAAGAAGUGUUAGGCACUGCCCAAAGUGUAGGUUGCACAAUUGACGGUAAAGCUCCCCAUGACGUCAUUGAUGAAGUUAAUGAUGGUAGUGUUGAAGUACCAGAAGAAUAAACCUACUUUUUAAUAAAUGACUAUUUUUAAGUUUAUAA